CAGUGUCAUACUGUUAGUUGUUAAAGUCAGUUGUUAAAACUGACAAAUCGUUAAAAUUCACGAGUAGAAAUUGUGAUUUUGUUUUCGUAGUUUGUAAAUUGUACUACUAAUUAAUCAUCACACAAGGACUACGAUUCUCGAUUGAUAUUCAUUUAUCGUUAUUCAUUACUAAGUUUGUCUUUAUACUGUUGCAUGUGCGUUAUUGCGAGUGAUUUCUGUUCUUUCGAUUAUGUAUUUUUAUUUUCUUAUUCGUUCUAAAUUGAUAAAAUAAAGCCAAUAAACUAUAGUCUAUAUUACUAAAAAAAGUAUUCGACAAGUGUUCAGUUUGCGUUAUUUAUUUGUGUUGAAACUUUCGAGAUGCCUGUGACACUCAUGGACAGGUUGCCCUUGCCGAACCUGAAGGUUUAUUCGGCGGGAAGUGUUUUACUGCUUUCUAUUGCAGUUUAUUACGCCGUUAAUGUAACUAGUGAUCCUAAUUGGAGAACAAAUGCCACUCUCCAAAAGCAGCAAGAUGUACAUAUGGAAGCUGCAGAUAUAGAUGGUGCCAGAAAUUUCACUGAGCAAAUGAUGGAAGUUAUGACCUUUAUGAUUCAAGAGCCCCUGUGUAUGUGGACGCUGAUCAACAUGUCUUGGUGUCUGUUGGCGGUGGGUGGAUGGGCGGUGGUGCGCGCAGUCUUCGGGCGUUUGCGCGUAGGUGAAGCGCAGCGCGCUAAAGACAAGCUGUGGAACUAUGUGUUCUAUAAGUUUAUCUUCGUGUUUGGGGUGCUCAAUGUCCACUACCUGGACGAGCUUCUUCUCUGGUGCGCCUGGUUUACGCUUCUUGGUGCGCUUACCUUGCUUACCCAGCUAGCGAAGGACAGAUUUGAAUAUUUGUCGUCGUCGCCGACGUCCUCAUCAUGGGCGCACGGGAGGCUUGUAGCGCUGCUCGCUGGCGAGUUGAUUGCUGGAACUACGCUGAUGGCUGUGGCAGUACGAUGGGGCCUGCCCGCUGGCCGGGACACAUUCGCCUUCAUGGCCGCUGAGUGCGUGAUAGCUAUGGUGCCUUGCGUGCAUGUAGUAGCUCGAUUCGUACUUCGAGCACGCGGUGUUGAUGCAGCCGGCUCCGCUGCCUACUACACGCAUCUUGUAUUUGACGCGGUCGGGCUAAUAGCUGAGACGGGUCACGUAGCCCACAUGGUGGUUCACAGCAACGCGGUUGUUUCUAUGGCCUCGAUGGUGCUGUUGAUGCAGCUGCGACACCUGCUACACGCACUUCUUGCCCGUCUUAAGAGACAUCGCCUGUAUGCUGCGCUGGCGCAUCAUAUGAGCCGCAACUACCCUAUGGCCAGCCCGGAGGAGGUGGAAAAGAACCAGGAUAACUGCGCCAUCUGUUGGGAACCCAUGAAGGAGGCGCGUAAGCUGCCUUGCGCUCAUCUAUUCCACAACUCUUGCCUUUGUCGUUGGGUGCAACAAGACGCAUCGUGCCCCACAUGCAGACGAUCACUAUCGGCCCGCCCCACGCCGCCGCCCGCUACGCUCACGCCUCUGUCUCCGCUUAAUCCACUUAACCCGCUCACACACAUUGGCUCCGAUCCGCCCGCCGCUAACCACCUUUUCCACUUUGAUGGCUCCCGAUAUGUUUCGUGGCUGCCCAGUUUCUCUGUGGAGGUGACAAGAGUACCAGCCCCUGCCGUCGCCACCCCGGCCCCGCAGACUAACACGCCACUUUCACCGCAACUGGACGCUAUUAUUGCACAGGUGUCAGCUGUGUUCCCACAGUACAGCGCAGCAGCGGUACGUGCCGACGUGUCCCGUACCCGUUCAGCUCACCUCACAAUCGAGAACAUUCUGGAAGGACGAUUGCCCGCGCCCCUUUCACCUCCCACAGAGAAUGCAAGGCAAGUAAAUCUUGAGCCAGCCGCCUCCGCUCCCGAAACCGUUGCUGAACUUCACAGCGCUGAGUCGGUGGAAGCGGAGUUUUCAGAGAGCGCCGCAGAACGUGAGAUGGCGCUGAGACGUCGUAAAAUGCAAUUGCUUGACGCUGCCAGGAGACGAUACUUGCAAAGACUUCGCCCCAAUACAACAGAACAUGGGAUGAUGUCCUGAAUCACGAAUUGGCUUUAAAUUGUAUGUAACUGACGUCAGGUGUAUCGAACUGUAUAUGACGUAACAGAGGUAAAUUGAUCUCAAACGCAUUCGUUUUAAGGAUAUAAAUGAUUAAGUGAAGCUUGACUUUUUCGACAAUUCAAAUUGCUAAGGACAUCACGGAAUCGAUCUUAAUUAACUUGUAAAUAGAUAUGUUCGACAUUAUUGUAACCGCACAAAGUCAUCAAACAUACCUUUUUUAAUAAUUAUAAAUAAAAUUACUAAGUACUUAAAUGACCCGUUUUGGGUGGGAUAAACCUUUAAUAACUUGUUUCCAUAGUUAACAAUAAUCCGUCUGGCGCUCAGCGAAUGUGAGAACUCAUAAAUUUUAACUCAAAAGUAAUAAUGAAAAAUAGACAUCCGAGUUGAAUUUAGCGAAGAGCCAAUGAUUUACAAUUUUCAGAGUAUAUUGUACACAAUAACAAAUUUAAUUAUUCUCAUGGUUUAUUAAGGUCUGACACCAAUUUAGGGAAACAAUAACCGAAGAUGUUUUAUUGCUUCUUUAAAACAUUUAUAACACAAGGUCACUUUGUACUGUGUAGUGAAACAUUUGAGAGGCUGAUUCUACAUGUUAAAAUGUUAUGUGAUAGUUUUUUUGGGUUAGAAAUCUAAACCAACAUGAGAGUAAUAAAAUAAUAUAAAGGUUUAUUCCUGUAAUCAUCUGUGCUAUUAAAUUUUGUGGUUUUAUAAAGUUAUGUUUAUAAAAUCAAAUGACUAAACUCGGGUCACCAGUGAUUUUGUGAUACAGAAUGCUUGUAUAUAUAUUAUUUUUAUUUUAUUAUUUCACUAAAAUUGUCAAUAGAUAGAUUAUUUUGUUGCUGAUAAUAAAGUAUUUUAUUUAAAAUUAACUAACUAUUCCUAUCUAUUUUCAGUUAAGUGUUGCUCAUUUUCAUGGUUAAUGCUUUGUUAUUUUAAAUAAUUAUAUGUAGAUAAAUUUUAAGAGUAUUUUUGUAUGACUAUCUUUAUUGAAAGAAUGACUUGUCCAUUAUAGAUAGUUUUCUCUAUCCUAUUAUCAUAAUUAUAAAUGUUUGUAGAUGGCAGACUUGCCAUAUAUAGCAAUAUCAAAAAAUAUAUAAAAAUAAAAAGAGCACAUCCUUCAUUUAGAUUAUUAUUAUAGAUAUUAAUUAAUAUUUUAUUUAAAAACUAUAAAAAUGUAGUUAAAUUGCAUUAAUUUUUAAUUUUUUUAACAUUUGCACCGUCUUGUUAUUAUCAAAAUUUUAUUUAAAUACUUCUUACAUGUUCCAUUGAAAGCAGGAUUGCAGUUUUAGUAUAUGAUGUAUUAAAAUUAAAUACUAGUCAAUAAAAACUAACAUAAACAUUCAA